CAUUGGCAACACUGGGACAUUUACUCUCCCUCGAAAUAGUCGGUUGGUAUUUUGGUAAAAUAAAAAAUAGUAAUAAAAAAAUAAUAAAAAUAAUGCUGCAGCUGCAGCUGCAUACUGUUCUUUUAUAAUAUGCGUUAUCGUUAUAUUUUCUUAAUGUGAGUGAAUUUUUGUGUAAAAUUAUUAUUGGCAUUCAAAAAGUCAAGGUCAAGUGUAAUAAAAUGGAAGUAAAACAAGGCAGUAGCCAGAAAACAUGUAAAAUAGAAAUAGAGUAUAAUGAUUUGGAUGAUGCUCCUUUGGAUGGCUUUAAAUGUGAAAUUAAGGAUGAAUCUAAUAGGCACGACACAUAUGAUUCUUUGGAUUUAAAGAAAUGUCCCAUAAAUACUGAAAUAGAAAAACAUGGAAGUAAACUCGACCCAUUUGAAGAAGAGGAAAAAACUGAAAAAAGAUAUCUUCAAAAUGAAAAUAAAAUGGAGAUUACGGAGAAACUCAUUGAAGAUUCGUCUUACCAAGGAAAUGAUGUGACUCGACAUACUCAAGGGAAAACAUUAAAUAAAAAUGUAACAGUUGUAACUGGCGAUAGGUUUUAUAAAUGUGAAAUUUGUUUUAAGCAAUUUAGUAAAGCAGGUAAUUUGAAACAGCAUUUGAGAGUGCACACUGGGGAAAAACCUUACAAGUGUGAAAUUUGUUUUAAGCAAUUUAGUGUAGCAUGUACUUUAAAACAGCAUUUAAGAGUACACACAGGAGAAAAACCUCACAAGUGUAAAAUUUGUUUUAAGCAAUUUAGUCAAGCAGGUAAUUUGAAAGAGCAUUUGAGAGCGCACACUGGGGAAAAACCUCACAAGUGUGAAAUUUGUUUUAAGCAGUUUAGUCAAGCAGGUUCUUUGAAACCACAUUUGAGAGUGCACACUGGAGAAAAACCUCACAAGUGUGAAAUUUGUUUUAAGCAGUUUAGUCAAGCAGGUUCUUUGAAAACACAUUUGAGAGUGCACACUGGGGAAACUUCUCAGAAGUGCGAGAUUUGUUUUAAGCAGUUUGCUCAUACAUAUCAAUUAACUGUUCACAUGACAGUUCAUACAGGAGAAAAACUUCACAAGUGUGAAAUUUGUUUUAAGCAAUUUCCUAGAGCAUGUACUUUAAAAGAUCAUUCAAGAAUACACACUGGAGAAAAACCUCACAAGUGUGAAAUUUGUCUUAAACAAUUUAGCGAAGCAGGUACUUUGAAAAAACAUUUGAGGGUGCAUACUGGGGAAAAACCUUACAAGUGUGAAAUUUGUUUUAAGCAAUUUAGUCAAGCAGGUGCUUUGAAAGGACAUUUGAGAGUGCACUCUGGAGAAAAACAUCACAAAUGUGAAAUUUGUUUUAAGCAAUUUCGUACUGCAAGUGAUUUGAAAAUACAUUUAAGAGUGCAUACUGGAGAAAAACCUCACAAGUGUGAAAUUUGUUGUAAGCAAUUUAGUCAAGCAGGUCAUUUGAAAGAGCAUUCAAGAAUACACACUGGAGAAAAACCUUACAAGUGUGAAAUUUGUUUUAAGCAGUUUAGUGUAGCAGUUCAUUUAAAAAGACAUUUAAAAGUGCACACUGGAGAAACACCUUACAAGUGAAUCGCUUAUUUGAGAAACCCCACAUGUCCAUAAAUAUGACAGUUUGACUUUUUUAGCUUAACAAUAUAUUUUCAUAUAGACGCAUAAUUUAAAGAGAAAUCACACAUGUCCGACCCAUAUAAUAGUUUCAGCACUAGUUUAACCCUGCUGUCCUGUUCGGGUCUAUUUGACCCAAAAAAUAAUUUAUUUCUUAUUUUACAAAUUAUUACGCAGAGUAACGAUUUGGUGUUUCGUGACCUUAUUCACUAAUAUGAGGUCUUUCUAUUGCAUAUGAGAUAAACAAUUUACUUCCUGAUUUUUUUGAUAAAAAUGAAAUUGUUACCUAGGGUACGUUCGGGUCAAUAUGAUCCGCAUAUUUAAACCGUUAAAAAUUUCCUGUGUAUGUGUGUUUAGUUGGCAGUAUUCUAUAUUGGCAGUACCUGUGUGUCUGUCAGCCGGAUACGUCUCUAAAUAAAAACAGGUUUCUGCAACCUAGAACUUGUAAAAUAAACUGUAGUAUAGCUGGACGAUGUUGCAAACCAAAUUAUAAAUAUGACCAAUAUGGACUGACAGCAUGGCUUUGGAACCAACUGGAAAGACAUGAAUAAAGUUGGUUUCCAAGAAUACCUUGGUCUUUUAGUUUUAGCUCGAGUUUAUAAGUCCCAUGGUGAAUCCACUAAAAGUUUGUGGAAUGAAGAAACGGGUCGUAGUAUAUUUCAAUCAACAAUGUCGCUUGAUAUGUUUACAAAAAGUUUGCAAGUAAUACGUUUUGAUAACAAAACUACUAGACAGGAUAGGAGACGUUUUGAUAAACUUGCUGCAAUACGUGAAAUUUAGGAAACAUAGGUUGAAAAUGUUACCGUCGAUAAGCAACUAGUUGCCUUUAGAGGCCGCUCUCCCUUCAAAUGGUACAUUCCAAGCAAACCAGCGAAAUAUGGCACACAAGUUUUGGUUUUAUGUAAUUAUGAACAGUAAAACUUCUUAUGCUCUAAAAUUGCAGAUCUAUACAGUAAUGCGUGUGAUGUGUGACUUGAGUAGUGACUUGGAAGGCCACAAUAUUACGUGUAAUAACUUUUUUACAUCGUAAAAUUUAGGACAAUUUAUUCUAAAACAAAGUAGAUACAAUUCCGGGGACUAUCAGUAAAAUAAACCGGAGCUUUCAGCAAAAAUCGCGAAUAAAUAAGUUCAUAGCUCGUCUUUUUUGUUUCACGCAAGAUACCACUGUUGUUGACAAUAUUCCUAAGAAUAAUAAAAAUGUUCUUAUGAGUACAUAAUCAUAAAUCGAUGCAUCAUGCAUCACUUUCAUCAAAUGAAAAAGCCCCAAAUUAUUUUAGAUUACAAUUCCAAUAAGGCAGCAGUUGAUAUUCUAGAUUAGCUUGUUGGCACGUAUACAUGCGAGAAGAGAUAAAUCACUGGCCAAUGAUUGUUUUUUAUAAUCUUCUGUAGAUUUCUGCCUACAACGCGUUCGUGUUAUGGGCAUCAAUAAAUAUCCAUUGGAAUACCAAUAAACUGACAAAACGGCGAAUUUUUCUUGAGGAAUUGGGAAAAAACUAAUGAAACCAGUCAUCAUUUCCAGAAAAAAUAUACCAAUAACUAAAGAGUCUUACGAACUGGUAAAAAGGACACGAGCAGAAACAAGUAGACAAGAUGGAAAUGCUAAUGAACCGUCUAUGGACGCUAAACUAUAACUCCGCCUGCUAAACGAGCACGCUGUAAACUUGCCCUAAAAACGAUAACAAGACUAAUUAAUGUGUUGUAUAUAUCAUAAACAUAUUUGUAAAAUCCAUUCUUUUUAUUACUGUCCCAGUCGUAAACUGAAUUAAAUUUUUGUAGAUAUUUGUUACUAGGUUUUUUGGAAGAAAAAGAUACCUUUUAUUUUUGUUAAUAAGGUUUAAAUUACAUUAACAACAUAAUUUUUGUUUAAUUAACCAUAAUUUCCUGUUAAUAAAGUUUUGUUUAUUACCAUUAGCUUAUUUUAUUUCGAUUAAGGAGGGUAAAGCAUAGUUGGGUCAUAUUGACCCGAACAGUACAUUUGUGUAGUUGACUCGAACGGGACAGCAGGGUUAAAAUAUAUAUUUAUUUGAGAAACCCCACAAGUCCGGGACAUGUGGUAUUUCUCGAAUAAACGGCUUCUAACGUCCGACGAGGAUCGUUAUGUGGAAAUUAUUCCUAAAAACGUAAAAAGGGACUAAAACAAGUUAUUUAUAAAAAUGAAGUAACUAGAAGUGCAUGUUAAAGGGCAAAGACCAUCUGAAUAGGGAACUUGCACAUUUUUUUUAUUACAUAAUAAUGUUCAGUAUUGUUUAAAAAUGAGAUUUCCAAAAUUUCACGCUUCAAAAACUUUUAAUAACUUAGAAAUACAUAUUUAAAGUCUUCUGCGGUAUAAAAUAAUUCAAACGACCCGUGACGUCACAUAGUUUUACAUUAGUUAUUAUUAUGGUUAUAUUUCGCUGUUUCUAGGUACACGCUAACGUGUACGCAAAUAAAAAAGUUAGGUAAACGCGAAUUAAACUUCAUCAAGCCAGUGACGUCAUUAUUUCGCGUGCUCAGUGACUGUAUAUUUUGGUACAUGCUAUUUUAAUAUGUUUAGUGUUUGUUUGAUAGAAAAAUAUUUGUUAAGGGAAGGGAAGCAGAACCAUUCAGGUGUUUCAAACUUAAUUGUAAUAAAUGAAUGCAUAUAUAAAAGUAUAUAUUUAGGUUAGCAAAUUAAAAAUAUGUAUUUAGUUGACAUGACACAUACAAAAUAUUGUUAAAAUAAUUUUUAUACGUCAGUUAAUUAUUAUAAUCAACUAUUCUAAAUGGGAAAUAAGCCACACUUUAACUAAAAAAAUGAUUUUAUUAACGUUUCGACGUCCAAAUCGGAUGUCAUUGUCAAAAUACAAAAAUUAGUCAGAUUAAAUAAAUUAUUAGAAACAUUUUUUUACUAAGCAACAACAUUUUUGUUUAAUUUAAUAAUAUUUUGUAUUUUGACAACGACGUCCGAUUUAGACGUCGAAACGUUAAUAAAAUCAUUUUUUUAGUUAAAUUGUGGCUUAGUUCCCAUUUAGAAUAGUUGAUUACAAAAAUGCCACAAGGAAAUAGCUUCAGAACAAGUUAAUUAUUAUUGUCAACGCUUUAGGUGUUCCUUUUAUUUUAAUUUUGGACGGUAAUACUAUUUCACUUAUAACUAAAAAAAUAUAUAUAUAUAUUAAUUUAUAGUAUCUUUAACUUUUUCAUACUGUUUUAAAAUGUUGUUAAACUCAUUAAAACAACUAAAUAAUUGUCCACACUGCAUAGUUAAUUUAAAAACAAACACUAAACAAAUAAAAAAUAAGAAAUCUACUAAUCAAUAUUAAAAUUAAAGUGUACACACAACGCGAUUAAACAAAUUCCAGCACUCUGACAUUCUAACUUUUUUAUUUGCGUACACGUUAGCGUGUACCUAGACACAGCCUUAUAUUUAGGCAUAUUCUUCUUCUCCUUCUUUGGUUUAUUGGCCUCCACCUACUUGGGUAUUUGGCCAGCUCGUCGUCGGGAAUAAAGGAAAAAUAUUUAUAUUCUAAUGACAUUUCUCGUAUGUCGUAAUUAUAUAUACCAGUUUGUUGAGAUUGGAGUUUGAUACAGUUUUUGAAGGAAAGGAAAGAAGGUUUACUAUUGAGAAUAAAACCAUUUUGUAAAAGUACAAAUUUUCUAUGAAUAGUUCAAACGAUCAAAAACACUUUUAACGUCACAUAACUGUAUUUUUACUGACGUUUAUAAUGUCUAAUUUAAAAUUGUAUAUACAACGUAGAAUGUAAACAUACAACGGCGUGACGUCACGACGCGUUUUGGGGUGGCUGGUAUAAGUUGAAUUUGUAGUCGUCUUUAGGGGCCAAACGAAAGACAAACAAAACUUUUUUAUCUUUGAUACAGGUUCUAAAUUAUGUUCUGUUGUGAUUUAUACCAUUUUUUUCGAAUUUAAAAUUUUAUGCAAGUUCCCUAUUACAGAGGCACCAAAGUAUAGUAUGUGUCAAAGAUGUACAGUUGUUAAUAUCCACGACCUAAAAACUGGGAAAUCUAUGUUUUAAGUAUAUCUGGGAAAUCUAUGUUAAUAGGGCAGUCAAUGAGAGCAAGAACAGGUUAUUACCUCCGAAUUCUAUCCUACUGCAUGGAUUUUAAUGAAAUUUUAGGAAUAGCCCGAAAAUAUCUCCUUAUUUAAAGUCUACCCUAUGCCGAUGUGUGCUUUUGUCUUGGGGGCGGUCCCCACCCCUUCUCGGGGUUGGAAAAUUUUUUGGUUAAACAACUACGGAAGUUGCUAGAGAACAAGCAAAAAGCUAAUUCUAAGCAAAAACUGUUCUAUAAUUUUUUUUCGAAAACUCAAUACUUUUUGAGUUAUUGGUGGUUGAAAAUUGGCCAUUUUCAUUGAAAUAUAACACCUAUUCAAACGGUUUUUUGCGAAUAUCUUAAAAACAAUGCAUCUAACUAAAAAAUUAUAUAAAACAUUUUUGUAGCUCAUAAAAAAACAAAGAGAUUCGUUCCUUCUUCAAUCUUCUAGUUAUAACACAAAAAGAGAUAUGGUAGGUAAAAAGAGUUUGUUUUUUUGGUACAUGCUCAAAGCAGUGUAUUCAACUUGAAAUACAGUAUUUCUCAUGAUCAUUUUUCAGUGCGUCACAGUUUUUCGAUUUCUUUCUAACGCAUUAAAUUGUAUGUGACAGAAAAAAAGGCACGUCCGUGAUUACAUUUCGUCGGUGACAUUUUUAUAACAUUUAUUCUAGUUGUCGAUAGAUGGCGCCAUAAUAAAAAAAUAAUUUUUUUUUAAUUAGAUAAUAAUAUUACAAAUAUAAUCUGUAUAAUUUAUAAGACUAUACAAAUCAAAGAAAAUACCAUUUUAUAAAUGCAAGAAACAUAUUUGAUUUGUUUUUAUUGCAAAUUGAAAAUAAAAUGUGACAACUGUUAGAUUUAACUAAAAUGUCAUGUUAGAAUAAAUGUCAUAAAUGUGUAUUAUCACGGACUUACCCUUUUUCCUAUCAUUUGUUACGCACUGAAAAAUGAUCAUGAAAAGGACAAUAACACAUUUUAUGUAUAUAAUGCUACCAAUACCUUUUAUUGUACUUGAAAAGUCCUUUCAAAUAAACAAUAUUAAAUGUCGAUUACAUUCAAACUAAGCGAGAUAUGCUGCAAAAAAUUGAUGACUUAACUAAUUUUAAGAAAAAAAUUGAGAAGUAUAUUUAACCCCUCACCCACAAAAAUUUAAAUGCAUCGUUUUCCUUUUACAGUACAUUUUACUACAGUGUCAUUUUUAUGUUCAAAAAGUUGAGCGGGUUUAAAAUGAAUGGUUUUUGAAAAAAACUAAGAUUAAAUUAUAGAGCGCAUAUUUAAAUUUUCUUAAAAAUCUUCUUUUUCUCCAUGUAACUUGAAAAUGAUAAGAGAUACUGUUAUAAAAAGUCAAAUCAAAAUGUUUAUCUAGAAUAAAUCUUCAUUUUUGUAUGGCAUCUUUUUUUGGCAUCUCUUAUCAUUUUCGAGUUACAUGGAGAAAAAGGAAGAUUUUUAAGAACAUUUAAAAAUGCGCUCAAUAAUUUGAUCUUAUUUUUUUCAAAAACCAUUCAUUUUAAACCCGCCCAACUUUUUGAACAUAAAAAGAACACUAUAGUAAAAUGUAUUGUAGAAGGAAAACAAUGCAUUUAAAUUCUUGUGGAUGAGGGGUUAAAUAUACUUCUCAUUUUUUCUUAAAAUACGUUAGUCAUCAAAUUUUUUACAGUUUAUCUCGCAUAGUUUCAAUGUAAUCGACAUUUAAUAUUGCUUAUUUUAAAGGUCGUUUCAAGCACAACAAAAGUUAUUGGUAGCAUUAUACACCUAAAAUCGACCGUUUCUCUGUUAUUUCAAGUUAAAUACACUGAUUUGAGCAUGCACCAAGAAAACAGGUUUUUUUCACUUACUCUUUUUGUGUUAUGACUAGAAGAUUCAUAAAGUAAAAAAUCUCUGUUAUUUUAUAAGCUACAAAAAUGUUUUAUAUAAUUUUUUUUAGUUUGAUGCAUAGUUUUUAAGGUAUUCGUAAAAAAACCGUUUGAAAAGGUGUUAUGUUUCAAUGAAAAUGGCCAAUUUUCAACCAGGAAUAACUCAAAAAGUAUUGAGUUUUCGAAAAAAAAAAUUAUAGAGCAGUUUUUGCUUAGUAUUAGGUUCUCUAGCCACUUCCGUAGUUAUUUAAGCAAAAAAUUUUCCACCCCCGAGAAGGGGUGGGAACCGCCCCCAAGACAAAAGCACACAUCGGCAUAGGGUAGACUUUGUUUCUUGGGCUAUUCCCUACUUACUGUGAAAAUAUCACGUAAAUCGAUAUAGUAGGAUAGAAUUCGGAGCCACAUACCCUCAUUGACUGCCCUAUAACUCCAUCAAGGAUUACUAUUUCCAUAUUUUUUUUUGAUAUAUGUGGUGGUCAGAAUAAGAACUAUACAGUUUAGCACUUACAGACCUCCGACGAUUUCAAAGUGUGAACCAGUAGAAAUUUCCCCAUAAAGGGACAUUUCUACAUGCCAUGUGACAGGGAUUUUGCUAUGGCGAAGAAAAAACUUAAUAAAAAGAAUCACUUUUUUAGUAAAACAUUAUGUUUCGUUGUUUGUCAGUUUAAACACAAAAAAAAUUUCCAUAUUAAAAAAGAAGCCGCAUCUCGAUAAAAACUGGCUUAUCGAAAAAAUAUUAGAAGGCAAAAAAGUUUUAGAAACGUUGUGUUUAACUAAUGGUACCACAAUAAUUAAUUAAUUGGAACGUACACAAAAGUGGGGUUUAAGGGAACAAAAUCCCCAUAAAUUUUUUAUGGGGUGGACAAAUUUGACUAUAAUUUUGUUUUAAGUUGUUCCUGCCAUAAGAAUGAUACAUGUCCAUUUUCAAUAAAAAAUCUCUAAUAGUUUUCGAUAUAUUGAAAAAAAUCGAUUUUCAUUUUGUAACUUCAAAGGGCUGUAACUUUUUUUAUGAGCACAUUUGUACUAAGGUAAGUUAGGUUCAAUCGAAGUAUUUUUGACCCCAGAGCGUGUGGUAUAAUUUAUAACCAAUCUUUUCGGGACACCCUGUAUAAUAUAAUAUUAUGUACGAAUAUAAUCUGUACAAUUUAUAAGACUAUACAAAUCAAAGAAAAUACCGUUUUAUAAAUGCAAUAAACACAAUUGAUUUGUUUUUAUGCCAAACUACAUAUAAAAUGUGACAACUGUCAGAUUUAACUAAAAUGUCAUGUUAGAAUAAAUGUUAUAAAUGUGUAUUAUCACGGACUUAACUUUUUUUCUAUCAUUUGUGACGCAUUGAAAAAUGCUCAUGAAAAGGACCAUAGGCAUUUUGUAUAGUUAUUCCGAUAUAAAAAUAACCUUUACCUACUUUAUUAAAUCUAUCAUUAUAAAGUUACAACCGUUACUACAAGCUAUAGUUAUUCCUACAUCUGACAUUAAUCAAGUCUCUGUCAAGGUCCAGUGGCUAACGGCAUCCUGGUGACAGCCAUGCUGACUUGUCACUGUCAUGGCUAUCACUAUUCAGCACUCCAGCUACCUUAAUAGUACGCACUUAAGCGUAACAUAUUACAUCUCCCCCUUUUUACAAAUUUAGUUUUAAAGGAGGUUUAACAACUCUACCUGACUUAGUUCUGCAAAUAUCAGAUUGCUCAGUUACAUUAUUUUGUAUGUCAAGAGAGGUAGGUGAUUCAGCCCUUGUCAGCUGUGUUGAGGUUGAAGGUGCUUGAUCUAAACCUGCAUCCUCAGUAUCUGUAAGUGUUACAGGUGGUUGUGACUCAAAUUUAUUCAGAGAUUCUCUUAUAUCUACUCUAUUGCGACGGACAAUAUUAUCAUGCUCAUCUCUCAAGAUAUAAGAUCUUGGGACUUCAUGCUGUGACAAUAUUUGUGCUGAUUCCCACCUCUUUUGACAUCGAUUCUAUAUCACCACAUCUGUGUCAGGUUCCAAACACUUUAAAUCCUUAACACCCUGGUUAUAGUCCUUCACAUAUAUAUUUCUCCUUUUACUCAAUUUUUCGUUUACAUCUAGACAAACUGAUGGUUUUAGCAUCUCUUACAACCGGCAACUUAGUUCUACAGUGUCUACUCAUUAAAAGCUGUGAAGGAGUAUAACCAAUAUGCUUAAGGGGUGCAUUUCCUUACUGUAAGAGUGCUGAUUCAAUGUCAGAACUGUCAUCAACGGACUUCUUAACAAUACUCUUGGCAAUGGCUACACCUUUCUCAGCCAGUCCAUUUGAUCGUGGAUAAUUGGGGCUUCUAAACUUAAUUUGAAAAUUCCAUUCUCUGGCAAAUUGAAAGCUAUUAAACGGAACAUUAUCACAACAUACAUAGACUGGUGAGCCAUGUGUAGCAAACAUUGACCUUAAAACUUGAAUGACAGAACUGACAGAUUUGUCUCUUAUUGGGUGAAGCUCUAUCCAGUUUGAAAAAGAAUCAUAAGCUACUAGAUAACUUGUACCAUAACAUGUAAAAAUGUCAAUGCCAAUUCUUUCCCAUGGAUUUUCUGGUAAAGGGUAUGGACAUAACGUUUCCCUUUGCUGCGUUGGUCUAAAUUUUUCACAAGCUCAUUCCUGGCCAGUAAAAAAUUUGCCUGGCUCUAGAUUUUGACUUCUCAAUGCCAAUAUGACCUUCAUGCACCAGCCCUAACAUUUCAGAUCUCAAGCUUUUGGGAGUAACAAUCUUGUUGCCAUAAAAUAACAAGUCGUCACAGACACAUAAGUUGUCUCGGAGUUUAAAAAACUUACUAACUGUCUGUGGAACAUCACGCUGGUGUUCUGGCUAGUGAUGUAAAUUUUCCGGGAAGAUUCGAACGCCGGAAAGUUUCCGGAAACUUUCCGGGAAUAUUGGAAACUUACGGAAAUAUUGCAUUUUUAUUAAAAUUAUUAUUAAUGUAGUUUAACUUCCCUGCUCUAUCUAUAGUCAGUCUAUUUCUUCUUUUAUUAUGAAUGAAAGAGUAUGUGCUAUAAAUACGCUCUGUUUCAGCGUAGUAUCUGGUAACCCCAGUAUUGUAAUUGCCAAAUCUUUUAAAGAAGUUUUGGUGCAUAUUCCUUGUCACCAGCUUAUACAAUAUACUGAUCGUGCUGUAGCCAAUUAAAAUCCAUUGACCAAAGGUCUGCUUUUGCACAGAAUUUUGUUAGUUGUGUAAAAAUAUUUUCUUUUUUGUCGAUAAACUUGAAACGAUUGGUUAAUAUCUUGUCUAUACACUGCAUAGCUAACAUAUGCUCUUCACCAGUGAGGCUUUGCCCUGUUAAAGACGAAUCAAGUAAGUUUGCAGCAUAGUGCACAGGCAUCACUGCCAUUUUUUUUCUUUUUUCUAAUUUAGACAACCAUUCCUUUUCCUUAGACUUACUGAUUGGAAGUAAUGGAAUAUUCUCGGUAAAACUAUUUUCUGUAUCCUUAAAUGCCUCGACAACCGGGAUAUUUUAAUCGUUAAAGCACUUUUAGACGCAAUAAGGUUUUUUAUACAAUUGAGGAUUGAACCCCAUCAAGUUUUUACAGGAAGUUUUAAUGUUAUAACUAAAGCUCGGAUUUAUAGGCAACAAAAAUUGAAGAAAAAGGCGCCUAUAUAGGCAAAGAUUUUUAUUAAAAAAGGCAGGAAUAUUAACAUUUAGGCAAAAUAUAGGCAAUAAAGGAAUAUAACUUAUUAUUUAUAACCACUUAAAAUUUUAUCAUUAAUAGAAACAACUAAAUGUUUUUCAAUAUUUUCGGUCUUAAAACUAUGUCUUCGAUCACUUAAAAUUAAUUUGUACAUUGAAAACGAACGUUCGACAUCGACAGAUGUAAUUAGAGCAUAUUUCAGAGCGGAUAAUAAAUCUGGCAUAAUUUGUAAUUCCUCGGAAAAUGUCCCAUUCAAAACUUUAGCAACAUUAGAUAAAAACGAAAAACCUUCAUUCUUGUCGAAAACAUAUUUCAUUUUUUUAAAAAUUAAUUGACCGUUACUUCCAGGUGCCGAUUUAAUUUUCGUCUUUAAAUUAUCUAUUAAUUUUACUGACUCACAUAAAUUUAUCUCUUGUUUUUCUAAUAAGGUAAUUGUGGUAACUAUUAAUUUAUAAUUGUCAUUGAUAUAAGCCAGUUCCUGUUUCAAUUUGGGAUUUUUUAAUAUUUUUUUUGCUUCUCGAAUGGCUUCGGAAAUAUCAUCAUCAAAUUCUGACAUAACUAAUUCUAUUUCAUUGCAGUGUUCAAAGUAAAAAAAACUGCUUCGAGCCAGGUUCCCCACCUUGUAAUUACUGGUUUAGGUGGCAAAGGGACACCGGGAAGUCUUUCUUUAUAUAUUUGCACCCUCAACGGAGCCUUACAAAAACUUUUUUCAUAAAAUUUAUAAAAUUAUUUACCAACGGAAACAGAUUUCUUAUUUCUUCAGCAAUUCUAUUUACCCCGUGGGCUACACAAGUGCAAUGAAUUAAAUUAGGAUAAAAAAUCUUUAAAUUAACAGCAGCUUUUAACGUAUAUGCCGCAGCAUCUGAAAGCAUUAAAACUAUUUUAUUCACUGGUAUAGGGUUGGGUAAAAAGAGGUUUGUUAAACUAUCUUGUAUAAAUCGACUUAUUGUUAAAUUGUUUGUUUUUUCCAAUUCUUUAACGGCAACUAAAUAAGGUUUUCUCGCAAAGUUUUCGUUCAAAAUUCCAAUCAAUAAAUUAGCUAUAUAUUCUUGUUCUCAUGAUCAUUUUUCAGUGCGUCAUUAAUUAUGACGUCAUAUACUGUAUUGGGUGUGUCGAGACUUAUUUCAUGUAAUUAUUGACGAAUCUGACAGAUGCCACAAUCGUACUUAGCCAUAGGUGAAAAGCUUGUGGAAUUAAACUAAUUAGUAAUUUAGUAGAUUUGAUUUUUACACAAUAUGUUAACAUGUAGGUAUUUUUUAUAAAGGGGAAUAAAUAAGCCAUGCUCUGGGAUACAUUCCCAAAGCUUGGAGAAGGGCAA